UUCCAAAGACCAAAGAGUAUUUUCACAAUAUCUUACGCUUGUCCGCUGAGCUGUCUCCAUCCUCUUUGUCUGCUGUUGAAGUUUCAAAUUGCUUGACAAAUAAUCAGUGGAAGGAGUUUCCCAUCAGUGCUCUUACGUGACAGUGGUAUCCUCCAGUGGACCAGCAAUUUUAUGAUCAACUAAACCUCAGUAGAUCAUCAAGGAUUCAAAAUGGCUUUAUAAUAAAAAAGCCUCCUUGUGUGCAAACCACCAGACUUAUUCCUAGCACGACAUUUGCAUUGAUAUCAGCAUGCAGCCAACAGGAGAGACCAAGCCUUUUGGAACUUUACAGAAAAUCCUCAGACCGCUCCUCUUUAGUAUUUUUAUUUUUGGAUGUUUUCUCUCUGCCUUUUUGAUGUACUAUGUACCCUCCACUAGCUUGUUAGGUCCACCUUUAAAGCCACCGAAUUAUGCAAAACACCACCAACAUGUCUUAACAGAGAAGAAAAAAGAAAACUUGACUAUCAUUCUUGUUUGGCUCCUGCCUUUUGGUCAAAACUAUGACAUGAAUAUCUGUGGCUCCACCUUCAACAUUGAGGGUUGUUUCAUUACAGCAGACAAAAGGUUCUACAAUAAAUCGGAUGCUGUCUUUUUUCAUCACAGAGAUAUUGCUUGGGACCUAUCCAACUUGCCAAAAUUACAGCGACCCCCGUUGCAGAGAUGGAUUUGGAUGAACAUGGAGUCCCCGUCAAACUCACCCCAGAUGCCUGGGAUUAACAACUUGUUCAACCUAACUGUGAAUUACCGCCAGGAUUCUGACAUCCAAGUGCCAUAUGGAUCUAUUGUAGAAGCAGAGACUGUGGAGGACUUUGUACCACCAAGCAAAGACAAAUUAGUCUGCUGGAUUGUGAGCAACUGGAACCCAAGUUAUACCCGGGUUAAAUAUUACAAAGAAUUGCAAACACAUAUUACGGUAAAUACAUAUGGAAAUGCCUUUGGGAAAUACAUUGCUGACAAAGAUUACAACCCUACUAUAUCUAGCUGUAAAUUCUAUUUGUCCUUUGAGAACUCAGUCCACAAGGACUACAUCACUGAAAAACUGUACAACCCCCUGUCUUUGGGCACAGUGCCAGUGGUUCUCGGCACAAGCAGACAGAACUAUGAGAACUUUGUUCCAGGAGAUGCCUUUAUCCAUGUGGAUGAUUUCAAAUCACCCAAAGAACUGGCCGAGUACCUGCUUCUUCUGGACAAGAACCAAGAAUUGUACCACAAAUACUUUACUUGGAGACGAUACUUUAAUGUCAAAAGAUGCUAUUUCUGGGCCGAGCACACAUGCAAGGCUUGUGAAUACAUAAGAACACAUAAAGAAUACAAGGCAAUCAAUAACCUUAACAAAUGGUACUGGGGCUGAUGGUAUUCAGAUGGACAAUGAAAUACUCUCUAUUCAGAUAAAGGAACUAAUACCACCUUGUCCUACCUCAUCCCAAUCUGUCCUACCUCGUUCCUGACCUACCUUCCUUCCUUCCUUCCUUCCUUCCUUCCUUCCUUCCUUCCUUCCUUCCUUCCUUCCUUCCUUCCUUCCUAACUACAUUGUAAAGCCAUGAAAAUCCAUAAAUGAUUGAAAAAUAGGAGAAAAAAAUAUUAUGAUAUUGAGAGAAAAAAUUGUAUGAGAAUACAAGAAAAUAUUUACAUCCUAUUUGAAGAGAUAGAAAAGGAGGAGCAUUGGGAGAGAACUAUUCAAAGUCCUGUGUGCCUUUUUAUGUGGGUCUUCGUGCAAAAAUGAACAGUAAGAUAAUCAAACAUUUAUUCUAUAUAUUCCAUUGGUGUAAAAAAAAAAAGAAUAUGCUCUUAUGAGCUGGAAGAAAUAAAUUACAACAGACAAAAGCAUUGUUUACGCUUUGCAAAUGGUGUUAAAACAUAUAGUUUAAGUUGGGAGGAGAAACACAGUAAAGUGAACAGAGUAUUUUGAGACAGCAAAAAGCAGCUGAGCCCACCAUGGACCCAAGCGUGCACAAAGACGGACUUGUGUGUCAGCACAGCCGGCGGAGAAGAAAUUGUCAGAGUUAAAUGUGAUAUUGAGCCAAUGUGUGUGAGAUUUUAACACUGCACACCUGUCUUAACUAUUAACUAUUGGAACUAAUGUGAUAAAGUUGGUCUCACAAAAUAACAGGUCAUUCUGAAACUCUAUACCAUUUCUAAAUCUUUUUAGCGGUAUGAAGUAUCAGACCAUUCCAGUUUAAUUUCAUUUCCUGCUACUGUUACUCAGUGCUUUCUGUAACGUAAUUCAAUAUAUAUUAGUCAGGCUGCUAUAAUGGGAAAUGCUCCAAUGGGAAAUAUUAACAUAAAGGGUAAACAGGGUUUUCUGAAUAAUCAAGUUGCAACUGCUUUAACGAAGAACAUAGUGUGUUAUAUAUAUUUCCUAAGCUUUAAAUAUAUUUUUUAACAGUGGGAAGAUAAUUAGUCCUCUCUAUUUUAAAUGUGGGUUACACUUUAAGUGUUAAAACUGAGACAAUGCUUAUGGAGACAGGGGAAUGAUGGUAAGUUUUUUAUAUAUUUAAAUGUAACUUUGGCAGUUGAAUGAAUGCAAACAUGGAAAUAAGUUUACAUUAUGCUACUGAACACAAUGUGUGAAUUAACUUAACUACAUGCCUUGGCUUGUCCAACAUAAUUUUUAUAAUUAAAUAACAAUAAUGCCUUAAUUUAAGGGUUUUAUGUACUGAAUGUUCACGCAAUGUUUGUAUUUUGACAUUUGUGUAGUUACUCUAGAUCACUUUUAAAUAAUGAAGGGAAUAAAGACAUGGUUAA